AAUAAGGUUGAAUAAAGUAUGAAAGUUUAAGAGGAAUUAGUAAUGAAAACAAUAUGCCGAACAUUACUAAUUGAAUGUUUAUUCAAGUUUCAAUUCACUUCAUUAAUGGAAACAUACAUAAUAAUAGCAGUUAUUCAAACUCGAUGUCUGUUCUGUUAAUUGUUGACAAAAUAUGAAUAUUAUUUGCAUUCAAUUGGUUUUUUAAGUAAUUGUUAAAACUACGUACUUUCAAUGAUUUUUAUUAUUUGACGUUUUUCUUAUGGUUAAAUAUUUUCAUUUGAACAUAACCAACGUAUAAUCUCAAAAAGAUGAAACGUUUAAAGAGUGAAUUAAUUAAUGCUACAAUUGAAUCAUAUUUAAAACGACGUCAUUAUCAGGCAGACUAGCGACAUUUUUUGUAAAGGCAAUCAAAUACAUUGCCGAACAAGUGAUGAAAUGACUCUGAGUGCAACUGCUGCUUCUGCCACUUCCCAAGAUAAUUCAAUCAUUUUUAGUGCCAUUAGCAUUGAUGUUACUGCUGCAGAUCAAGCGUAUCAACGGUUGAAGAUGUGGGUAAAUAUUGUACUCGAUGAUAAAUUAAAAAUGGAAUUAAAAGGGCUUCUAUACCCUGUAUUUUGUCACUUGUAUUUAGAGAUGCUACAUACUGGUAACAGGCAAGCAGCAAUUCAAUUUCUAAAAUCACAUCAAAAUGAAUUCAACAGUGAAACAGAGAAAGAUUUUUUAGAAGAACUAUCCAGUGUAUUUUCAGUACAAGAUAUUGAAUUAAGACCUUUAGUUAAUUCAUUUAGAACUAGAAAAUAUAAAGUGGAUAUGUCAGAUGUUGCUCACUUAUGUCUUCAACAAUUUCUCUCAAAACAUGGUCAUAUAAUAUUAAUGCAGAUAAUAAACACUCAUGUAACAAUAAUUAAGAAAAUGGAUGUGCCUGAAACAGACACAGAAGGAUGUGAAGAUGCAAGUAUACGUUCUGAGGUGGGGAUUAAUGGAUAUGUAGAACAACCAUCAGGUACUGGAGCUGACCGUGAAAUGAGAGAAUUACAAGAGGCUAUAAGAUUAAUUCGAAAUAAUGCUCAUCAACCUCUACGAAUAUUUGCAGUAAAUAAUGCUGUUGAAAAUGCAAGUAGUGGUGCCAUUCCACCCAAUAUGGAUAAAUUAGCAGUAGGGUUUAGUACUACAGAGAUUAGGCUGUGGGGUAUAAAUGAAACAGUAUUAAUUAAGCCAAAGUAUGAAGAACCUUCCUUCACAUUUGCCUCUGAUAUUCCAUUUUUACAUAAAUUUUACGAUACGUCAGAUGAAAUGAUUGAAGGAGGGGCAGUGAUACUUAGAGGACAUACCGAUAUUGUACAUGAUUUAAGGUUUAUUCCAGAAUCGGAUAUAUUACUUUCUGUAUCUAGUGAUAAAGAUAUGAGGGCAUGGAGACUUAAUGAUUACACAUGUGCCGCAAUUUAUAGUGGUCAUAAUUAUCCUAUAUGGUGUAUGGAUCUUAGUGUAUUUAAUCUAUAUGUAGCAACUGGUUCUCAUGACAGAACUGCCAAAUUAUGGUCUUUAGAUAGGAUAUUUCCAUUGCGUAUAUUUGCCGGUCACUUUUUAGAUAUAAAUUGUGUCAAAUUUCACCCAAACGCUCGAUAUUUAGCGACUGGGUCUGCUGAUAAGACUGUGAGAUUAUGGGAUAAGGACGACGGAAAUUUAUUAAGGGUAUAUAUAGGCGCGCAGUCAACGAUUUAUAGUUUAGCCUUUAGUCCAGAUGGGAAAUAUUUGGCAGCUGCAGGCGAUGACAAAUCUAUUUCUAUUUGGGAUUUAUCAACUAACGCAUUGUUAACUGAACUUAAAGGCCACGAAGACACGAUUAUGAAUUUAGACUGGAGUUGUGAUGGUCAAUACAUUGCCAGUGGAAGUUUGGAUGGCACUAUUCGUUUAUGGCCUACACAUGAUCAUGUUAAAAUUGUUAAUAGCAAUUCAUCAAGUCUAGUACCUGAAACAGAAUCACCACAAAUAUUCUCAACUUAUUGCUCGAGCAUCCUUUCUUUACGUUAUUACAAUAAAAAUAAUUCGCUCGUGUGCAUUGGAACAGUGGACAAUUUGUAAUAUACGGAAAGAAAAGA